AUGUCGACUCUCUCAACCAACUCACGAGACGCCUCUCGGGACCGUGCUGAGUCUCGAAUGGUGAAGCAUCAACAAUCAUUUUCAGAGUCGGGAAGGAGCUCGGUGCCCAUGUGGGAUAGCUCGGAUCCUGAUAGAGCACCUCCACCACUUCCAUUGAACCCGGGGGCGUCAGGAAGCCCCAUAACUCGAUCUAAUACGUCGAAGCGCAUCGACGAAGCUGCUGCUCUCAUUACAGCCCGAGCGCGAGAGAAUGCACCUAGCUCCUACACUUCCAACCCUCCUCCUGUAUCACCCGACAGAAACAUCAUGAAGGCACAAAAUAGGCGAAUGCAAAAUAUUCAAAGUUCCAGUGUGAGCAGAUUGAGUGAUUCCCUGGAAAGACGAUCUCCCGACAAAGGACUUCGCACGGCAAAGUUUGUGGAUUUUGAAGACUUUCACAGUAGUAGAUCGUCUGAUCGAAGCCCAACACGAACCAGAGCUGAGACACCGACACCUGCAGACCGAAGUACGGGCAGGUCGAAGGAGAUUGAGAAUACACCGCCCGGGUCAAGCGUGCUGGCGUUGCAGACGAUAAGAAAUAGGCAAGAUGCAACGCCCCUGCGUGAUAUCGCAAAUGGUGCAUUACCGCCAGGCCAAUCGUCAUUUUCCUUUGAUGCUCUGUCUUCCCAGAUUUUGAGUUUGACAAGCAUCGUCACAAACGUCCAAAAGGAAAUGAUGAACCUCAACAAGAGAAGCAAGGAUAACUACGGUGACCUGAUGAGUCUCAAAGAAGCAACCACCUCGAGAGACGAGGACAUCCGCCAAAGUCUGCGAGACCUCGUCGCCGGGCUGGAAAAUAAAUUCACGAACCUCGACGCUCGACUUCUUUCUGCACCAGACGCGGGCCGAUCCCCACCGAAUCUUGGUCUCUACCUCGACGACAAAGCACACAACGGCUCUCCACGAUCAAAGAGCUUUGGGCUGCCGCGAAUUGGCAGUCCCUCCAGCUUCUCGGUAGCGCUGGAUCGAGACUUGACGGCUUCGCCCUCCAUUGCCUGCGUCGAUGGAGCAGCAAGCAUUGCCCUUCUGGAGAAAGUACUUCGAGAAAUGGCUACUCGUGAAGGACAAGAAAAAAUCAUGAACACGCUUGAGGCAGUCAAAUCACAAGCGCUCGUACGUUCGCCAUCCGUGGUGCCUUCCCAACCGGCCAUCGAUCCGGCCAUGAUGUCUAAGCUGGAGGAUAUCUUGAUGUUUAUGAAGGAUAUGAGAGAAGAAUCCGGGUCGAGAGCUUUGGUGCGGUCUACGGGCAAUGAAAACAGUAAAGGGCCCUCAAACCUGGACCUAUAUCUUGACGGAGAAUCCAGAGCAGGAGCUCUGGCCAAAUCAAAGUCUGGCAACGAAGGAAGAUCAUCCAUGUCCGGGUCCGAUCUUGCCCACGAGGAGGUGACGAAAAUGUUGAAAAGCGUCAAACAGUCACUGGUCCAAGGAGGGGGCCUUACAAACGAAGUCAAAGUUCUUGUCCGCGAAUUGCGAGGAGAAGUGCUGGGAAUGGGACGUGAGAUUGCGAAGAAAUUGGAACAGACCACCGCUUCGAGCAAGGCAACCGAUUCAAACUCUCGAGCUGCUCUGCAAGCCGAAGUGGGCGCGAUCGUCCAGCAAGGCCUCGCCGAAUUGAAGGAGCACAUGCAUCAUAUCGUGAAAGAAAAUCGACGUCGCUCCAUGGAGCAUACCCGAUCUCCGACUGAUACUCAAGAAAUCGUUCGAGCAGUUCGUGGCGUGCUGGCUGAGCUCCCUCGGCCUCGUGAAAAACCGAUUAGAGAUGCAGCUGCGGAGAGGGAAGAAUUGCUGGCAGCUGUCAGAGAGGCGUGGGAAGAUUGCAAACCAGAAAUAUCUCUCGAGCAUUUUGGACUCGAGCGCGAUGAGAUCCUGGAGACUUUGAAGGAAGGUCUCAAGUCCUUUCAGCCUCAGCAACCCACGGCAAGGGAUGCGGGUGCCACAUAUGAAGAUGUCCUUGAAGCUGUCCGGAAAGGCCUGGCCGACUUCAAGCCACCUGAGCUCUCGGCCUCCGCAGGCGUCACCCAAGAGGACGUGGUAGCAGCGGUACGUCAGUGCUUGGAAAAUUUUGAAUGGCCGCGUCCACCGCCAUCUCACCCACAAGAGAGUGAGUUGACUCGGGACCAUGUCUUCGAGGCUGUCCGUGAGGGAUUAGCACAACAGGAAAACGUGUCCAGAGACGACGUUGUCGGCGCCGUUCGAGAAGGACUGUCCCACCAGGAACCGGUCUCGAAAGAAGUCGAGUUCAAUCGCGAGGACCUCUUUGAUGCGAUCAAGGCUUGUCUGGAAGGCGAGCAUAAUCCUCUGGGCGGGAUGGGAGAACGAGUCAUUGAGGCGAUGCACGAAUUUCUCAGCAGCAUGAAAACAGAAUUCCAACAAUACUCCGCCGCCAGUGGCAAAGACACGGAGCAGGUCCUCGAUGCUCUCAAAGAUGGUCUUGAAGAUCUCAGAGCCGACAUUGAGAGCUAUGUAGACCGCGCAGCCGACGUUACAGGCAAGGACGAAAUCAUCGACACGGUCAAGGCGGGAUUUGCGGCCAUGCAAGCAGAUAUUGACAAAGGCUUCAGUGGUCGCGGCCCCGGGGCACCCCACACCCCGGAACUUCUUGAUGCGAUGGAGAAAGAAUUCGAGCAUCUUCGAGAAACGAUCAGCAAGAGCAUGGCCCGGAAUAGCGUGCUCUCAGAGAAGGACGAAAUUCUAGAAGCCAUUCGUGACAUCUCCGACGACCGUCGAUCGGCUCUCAGUAGCAACAGCGAAGACAUCGUCCGGCUUGUCAAAGAAGAACUGGAGCAUAUGCGAACGGCUCUUGCAGGGACUUUGAUCAAGAGCGGGUCGUCAUUGGAUCGUGAUGAGGUGCUGGAGGUCAUCCGUGAAGGUCUGGAGUCGUCUCGAGCAACACACAAAGUUGAUGGGAAUGAAAGCAUUCUGUCUAACACCAGUGAGUUGCUUGACGCUUUCCAGGAUGGAGUGGAUGGCAUCAGGGCCGAUAUCCAGAAGUUGACCGAUCGCCCGGUGGAUCUGAGCACAAGCUAUGAGAUUCUCGAUGCCUUGAAAACCGGGGUCGAGGACAUUCGCUCGGACAUUUCCCGUCUUCAUGACAAGCAAAAUGAAGGAUCCGAGGCGGGAACGGCCAGAGGCCAGGAAAUGGUGAUUCAUGAUCAAAAUCGUAUUUCGACCGAAAUUGAAGGAUUGAAGGUGAUGAUCACGCAGUUGAGAAUCAAGGUUGAAGCUCUGGACGGAAUGGCCGCGCCACCCGCGCCGACGGAGACACGAAUACACAAAGACGACAUGAACGAGAUUUACGAUGCCAUUCGCCAAGUCGAGGAGUCGGUUCAUCGGUCUCAGGCGGAGGAGAUUCACCUGCACAAAGAUGAUUUAGAUGGAUUAUACACAGCCAUCAACCAGGUCAACGUCGCCGUAAACCAAGUUCGAGAUGCUCCCGCACCGGAGGCGGUUCUCUCCGAGAAUGCCGCUUGCAAGGAAGACACCGACGCCAUUGAGACUUUGUUACGGAACGUGAAAGCCAAGCUUGAUGAAGUCCUUUCGCCUGAUUUGGAACCUCUCGCAAAGUCGACUCAGGUCGAUUCCCUGGAAUUCACCCUGAAAGACGUCAAGGCUGCCGUGGACGAGCUCGCAGAACGUGCUGGUGAAUCUUCUAGCAAGGAAGACUUCACCCUUAUCGAGUUGAUAUUGAAGGAUGUUCAGAGCAGCAUGGAGGAAUUCAAGUCCAAGUUAGAAGGAAUUAGCAGCGAGGAAGGGUUGCUCAACAAAACGGAACUGCAGGUUGUGGAGACCCUCUGCAUGGACAUCAAGACCCAAAUCGAAGAUGUCAAACCUCCCGAUCUCAGCUCACUGCCCAGCAAGGACGAUAUCACCGACGUGAAGAAUGACCUGAAGGCUUUCCGAGAACAAUUCGAGGCCGACAAUGGGCUCACCGCCCAAGCUUUCGAAGCCCGAAAGAUCGAGCAUGGUGGGUUGGCGACGAAAAUCGACGAGGUCAAGAAUGUGAUCGGAGACUUGCGAGACGAGCUGGUUGAGAAGGUGGAAGGCAGCGCAGAGGGCAUUGUCGAACUGAACAAAGUCCUUGGGAUGCAUCACGAUGAUAUGAGCAAAUACGCCACGGCUUCCAGCAUCACAGAGAUGUCAGACAUGAUCAAGAGCGAGCUCCAGCGGCACAUGGAGCAUCAUGCAGGCAGCAAAGCCGAAAUGGAAGAGCGUGAUGCUACGCUAUUCACCAAGCACGAGGAGACAGGGGCCGAACUCAAGUCCGCCAUUGAAGAAAAAUUCAACGCCUUGAUGACCAAAUAUGACGAUGCCCAGCUGGCAAGCGAUGCCAAACUGAGUGCCCUGGAAGAGCGAGAUAGUGCCCAUCUCGACGCAACAAACGGAACGAAGGCGGUCGUGGAUGAUCUGAAGUCCCUCAUGGACACCCUGGGCUCGACAGUCACCGAAACCUGUGAGCGGGUGUCGGAGGAUUCAAAGACUGUGUUCAGCUCCAUUGAAGAGACCAACUCCAAGUUGGAUAAUCUCCACACGUCCAAUGCGUUUGAGCACGGUGUGACCCGGGAGGAGGUUGCAAAAGCAUUGGCAGCAACAACGAGAUUGGAAGGCUCCGUCACAGAACAUCAGCCAGCGGUCCUCACAGCCAUUCGUGAGGUUCUGGGAGUGGUCAGCCAACACUACGAACAUUCUCAGCAACAAACCGAGAGCUUCGCCCGAGCCACCGAAGAGAUCAAGUCGGGUGUCGACUCCAUCCCCGCCGCCAUUCCACCCCUGUUACCGGCGUUGCCAGCAGCACCGUCAAGUCCGACCGUUGCGUCGGACCCACCCGCACAGAAGGAGUAUGACGACACCGAAGUUCAUAACAAGCUCGACCGACUUCUGUCUCAUGCGACCGUGGCCAAGGAAAUCUUUGCCGGCAUUGAAAAUCAUCACAAAGACACUCGUGACGCGUUGGCCACCAUGUCCAAGCUCGACCAGAUUCACGAACAGGUUAUGUCAACAGCCGCAGAAAUUGCCAGCAUGGUCACCACCCAGGCCAGGCUGAUGGCAGAACACCAUGACUCCAAAGUGGCUGAGGCAACGGAAGCGGCCAUUGCUUUGGAGAAGCGGACCGCACAAAAGGAGAAGGUGGAAGCAGACAUCGUUGCCCUCAAUGACGAGAAGAAUGCUCUCAUGGAGUCCAUGGCGAAGUUGAGGCGAGAACAGGAGGAGCUCAGUGGGCAGACCAAAAGACUGACUCGAGACGUGGCGAAACUGGAGACGGCAUUGCACAUUCGCCAUGAGGAAAUGCGUGACAUGAAUGCAAGAGCCGAAGUGCUCGAACGCCGAAUCCUUGAGGGGCUGGUCAACCAGGCGCGAUCGGUGAAGAAAUCAAGGCCCGUGAUCAAGAGCAAAAUUAGUCCUGCCGAACGAGAUGCAUCGAUGAAUCUCAAGCGUGCGCCCAGCACGACGAGCACCUUGACGGCGAGGACGUCAAUUAAAGACGGAAAUCCAGCCAUCGGCGGUGCUGUUGGCAUGGCAUUGAAGAAGAGAACACCGCUAGGCUCCAAUGUCAAGGCAACCUCGACUCCCCGAACAUCGACCGUCGACCGACGUAUUCUCAGCACAAGUCACGUUACAGGAAAUCGUGGUCGAAAUACCCCGGAUAUGGCCCUCAUGCUAGCACCAGUUCCGAAAUCGACAGGACUAGUUAGUCUGAAACGAAGUCAGUCCGUCAAAAGUAACCCUAGCAGCUAUCUCAAUGGGAGAAAGGCCAGCUGGAACGGUGUUUCUUCCGACCUGACGGACAAGGAAAACCAGAGUGUCGUCCGGGAGGAGAGCGGUGACGACGCUGACAGUGAUGCCAGCACGGAGAGAAGGACCAGUUUCGGUACGAGCGUCAUGUACACCGACAGUAUGCUAUAUGGGACGGGCAGCACACUAAGUGAAGAGACGAGACGGUCAAUGAGUUGUGCAAGCAGCAUUAUCGGCACAGUCAAUGGUCAGACCGACAGCAUCGCAGAGGAGGAUGAAGAACCGGCCGAGGACGAGACACCAACCGCCAUGGUCCUGCAUGAACCCCCCGGAGAUGCCAGCAACGUCAACACCGGUCGGGAUAAUUCGAUGGCUCUGACUAUAUUCGACGGGUUGGACACGCCGAACGUGGGUGGUGUUGAUGGGUCAACCGAACUCCAGCCUCCUCCUGCCAUCACCGAAGAGGAGCUGAAGUAUCAUGGCAGUGACAGCGGUCUCGGGACUGAACCGUUGACGAGCGGGACGGGGGAACGUGUCGGGGAGGCACAGGAGUACUUUCAGAUGACGGCGCAAGAGAUGCAGACUUGA